UAUUCUAAAUUGUUUAAGGGGAAAUGCUAGAAAAACAGAUAACUAGUUGAAUUGCAAUUCACUCAACAGUCAAAUUUUGUUUUGUGAAGUCGCUUUCGUGCAACCGAAGAUUCGUUUCUCAACCAACCAAAAAAAUUCAUAAGAUCUAGAAAAUGGCUCUUAAUAUGGCGAAAGAUUUUGCAGCUGGAGGUAUCUCCGCAGCUGUUUCAAAAACUGCAGUUGCCCCAAUUGAACGUGUUAAAUUGUUGCUCCAAGUACAACAUAUAAAUAAACAGAUUCCUCCUGAGCAGCGCUACAAAGGCAUAGUGGAUUGUUUUGUACGUAUUCCAAAAGAACAAGGGAUUGGUGCAUUCUGGAGAGGAAAUCUGGCCAAUGUUAUACGUUAUUUCCCAACACAAGCACUUAAUUUUGCGUUCAAAGACAAGUAUAAGAUGAUUUUUUUGGGUGGUGUUGAUAAAAAUACACAAUUUUGGAGGUAUUUUGUUGGAAACUUAGCAUCCGGUGGUGCUGCAGGAGCAACUUCACUUUGUUUUGUAUACCCUCUUGAUUUUGCCAGAACACGUUUGGCUGCAGACGUUGGCAAAGGUCCCGCAGAACGUCAGUUUAAUGGCCUAAUAGAUUGUCUUAGCAAAGUAUUCAAAAGUGAUGGUAUGACUGGUCUGUACAAAGGAUUUGGUGUUUCUGUACAAGGUAUCAUUAUCUACAGAGCUGCAUAUUUUGGUUUCUACGAUACAGCUCGUGGAAUGCUUCCUGAUCCUAAAAAAACUCCUUUGUAUGUAUCUUGGGCUAUUGCACAAGUUGUAACGACUGUUGCUGGAAUUGUAUCUUAUCCAAUGGACACAGUUAGAAGACGUAUGAUGAUGCAAUCUGGAGUUAAAAAAUCUGAACAAAUUUACAAAAACACCCUUCACUGUUGGGCAGUCAUUGCUAAAACAGAAGGUACAGGAGCAUUCUUUAAAGGGGCCUUCUCAAACGUAUUGAGAGGUACUGGUGGAGCCUUUGUUCUUGUGCUUUACGAUGAAAUCAAAAAAGUAAUUGCCUAAGGGCUUGAGCCUUUAGAAACCCAUAAUUGUAGCGUCUUUAUUACUUACCUAUAGUACUACUACUUUUAGUACGAUAUAUAAGCGUUUGUGACCAUAUCAUUUCGAAGAUCUGUAAAUACAUGUUUGAAAUAAACAUAAUAUUUAUUUACAAAAAUAUAUUAAAUAUAAGAUAAAAUAAAAAAGAGCCGAUUAUAAUGAAUAAAUCCUUUAAACUUCA